AGGAAAUAAGUUUCAACCAUCGAGGCGUUGAGUCAGUCAGUGCUAGGGCGCCCGUUCAACGGAGCGCAGCAGCUAUCAGUGUUCCAGAUCACUGGCCACCACGGCCCGAGGAGUUUCCGUACUUUUUGCGAACAAAGUAGGCCAGAACGGCAAAGACCCAUCGAAAUGUCCAAUCCGUCCCCGCAAGUGGACAGCACCGUCCGGAAUGCUUCCGACAGCGAAGACGAAGGAGGCCUGGUGAUGCGAAUUGCAUCGGCCACGUCCACUUCCACAACCACCAACAACAGCGCUUCGAACGGAUCGUUCUCCAAGAACGGAACGUCCAUCAAUGGUAACAACGGCUUCCAAAACACCCCUUGGAAGCGCAAACAGCUUGUUGACGUCACGCCCAGCGGAAGUCUCGACCUGAGCAAGCUCUCGAUGCGGCGGAAUUCCAGCUACGGGAAACUCCCGUCGGAGAACCCGGAGGCCAAGGUGCUGGUCAUCUACACCGGCGGCACGAUCGGCAUGAUGCGCAACGAGAAGAACGCGCUGGAGCCGAGGCCAAACGAGUUCGUCCGCAAGAUUCGUCAAUACCCGAACAUGCACGAUGACGCUUAUGCUUCCAAGCGAUACGGUCCUGCCCGGAACAUGGCUCCGUUGGUGCUUCCCUAUGUGGAAGGCGAACAUCGGCGAAUACUGUACCAAAUCUGCGAGUACGAACCGCUGCUGGACUCGUCCAACAUGGGCGUAGCCGAUUGGGUCCGAAUCGCCAACGACAUCAAGCAGUCGUACGAGUUCUUCGACGGAUUCGUAGUGCUGCACGGUACCGAUACGCUGUGCUACACGGCUUCGGCCCUGUCCUUUAUGUUUGAGAAUCUCGGAAAGACGGUGAUCUUGACUGGAUCGCAAAUUCCCAUUUUUGAAACACGAACUGACGGGAAGGACAAUUUCACGUCGGCCUUGAUCAUGGCGGGGAACUACGUUAUCCCUGAGGUGUGCGUAUUCUUCAACAGUCGACUGUUCAGAGGUAACCGAACGAUCAAGGUGAGUAGCGGAUCGUUGGAUGCGUUCAACUCGCCGAAUGCUGCGCCACUGGCAAAGAUGGGGAUCAACGUGGAGGUCGACUACCGGUUGAUCUUCCGACCUUGCACGGUGGAGAAGUUCAACGUGCAUGUCCACAUGGACGAAAACGUGGGCCUGUUGCGAGUGUUUCCCAGUAUUUCGAUGACGACGGUGAAGGCGUUCCUUCAACCGCCGAUGCGGGGCGUCGUUCUCCAGACUUACGGAGCCGGGAAUCUCCCGACGAAUCGUCCGGAUCUGCUGGAAGCACUACGUGACGCAGCUAAUCGCGAAGUCCUCAUCGUCAACUGCACUCAGUGCACCGAGGGAGCGGUUAGCGAUUUGUACGAAACCGGUAGACAGCUUCAGGACAUCGGAGUCAUACCCGGGUUCGACAUGACGCCGGAGGCCGCCCUGGUCAAGUUGUCGUACGUGAUCAGCAAAGCUGAUUGGAAUUAUGAGACUAAGAAGUUGAUGUUGAAGAACAACCUUCGCGGGGAGUUGACCCACGAGAAGACCCCGGAGAUGCAAGAGUACGAUCUGAUCGACGCGGUCGCUCGAACUCUCCAGCUGAAUUCGGACAAGGAGCUGAUCCAGUUGAAGUCUUCCCUUUUCCCCGCUAUGGUCAACAGUGCCGUCCUGGCCGGGGACGUUCCCAAGAUCAACAACAUCAAAGGCUACGGAGCGAACCUGUCGGCGGAGAACUACGAUCGGAGAACGGCCCUGCAUGUUGCCUGCUGCGAGGGCAACCUGGAAGUCGUUCAGUAUUUGCUCCAAAACGGAGCCGCCGUACACAUUCGCGAUCGCUACGAUCGCACACCGCUGAUGGACGCGAUCCUCAACGAUCAUUACGAGAUCAUUCGGUUGCUGUUGAAAUGUGGAGCUCACUUGACCGGAUCGAUCCGGGCGAUCGGUGAGAGCCUGUGCAGUGCAGCGGCUAGAAAUCUGCUGCACCGACUGGAGUCCUACCGUAUCGCUGGAGCCGAUCUUUCCCAGGCCGAUCCCAGCGGUCGAACAGCUCUGCACGUGGCAGCCAUGUACGGAAACCUCGAUGUGACCCAGUAUCUCGUCAAGUACUAUGCCGAAGUCAACGCCGUAGACUACCUGGGCCUGACGCCCCUGGACUACGCCGUCAAAGUUAACGCACAACCUGUGAUCGCUUUCCUGCUGGAGAAGAACGCUAAGCGUGGCGCAGAUAUGGAAGAGAUACCCUUACCCGAUUUCCAAGAAUCAUUCGAAUACUAGUUUGUACUGACUAAGACCCCUUUAUUUAGUUUCUAAGAAUAAAUUCAGCUAAGCUAA